GGCCGGGGCAAAAGAAUUCGGUAGAGGGCAACAGCGGUAAUUCCAAGGCAAGCACGCUAGGAGGACAAAGCAUAAGAAAACAAAAAUAGUGGGAAAUGGGAGGGAGAAACCGAGUGAUCCAACGCCCCAACAAGGCAAUGCCAACCCAAACUUCCCAACCUACCAAAAAAAAUGGUCUUACCGUCUAACGUUUCUCACCAAAAUUUGAAGAAAGAAAUGGCGAGUUCUGCAGUCGCUUUGGAGGAUGUUCCUUCCGUUGAUAUCAUGACUGAACUGCUUCGUCGUUUCAAGUGCUCCUCCAAGCCUGACAAACGCCUCAUUCUUAUUGGUCCCCCUGGAUCUGGAAAGGGUACACAAUCGCCCAUAAUUAAGGAUGACUACUGCUUGUGCCAUUUAGCCACAGGUGAUAUGCUCAGAGCUGCAGUUGCUGCCAAAACACCUCUUGGAAUUAAGGCCAAAGAAGCUAUGGAUAAAGGGGAACUUGUCUCUGAUGAUUUGGUGGUUGGGAUAAUUGAUGAAGCCAUGAAAAAACCCUCAUGCCAAAAAGGUUUUAUUUUAGAUGGUUUUCCAAGGACUGUGGUCCAGGCGCAGAAGCUUGAUGAGAUGCUUCAAAACCAGGGAGCUAAGAUUGACAAGGUGUUGAAUUUUGCAAUUGAUGAUUCCAUAUUGGAGGAGAGGAUCACUGGCCGUUGGAUACAUCCUUCUAGUGGUCGAACCUACCACACUAAAUUUGCCCCUCCCAAAGUUCCUGGUGUUGAUGAUGUCACUGGAGAGCCUUUGAUACAAAGAAAAGAUGAUACCCCAGCAGUUCUCAAGUCAAGGCUGGAGACUUUUCAUAGGCAGACUGAACCGGUUAUUGAUUAUUAUGGUAGCAAAGGUAUUCUUGCUAAUCUUCCUGCGGAGAAACCCCCAAAAGAGGUCACCUCUGAGGUUCAGAAGGUUCUCUCUUCUUAGGACUUGAUCCUUCAUCUUUCACUUUCUCCAAUUUUUUGUAACUUGUUCAAAUUAUUCCGAUACAUUGUCGGAUCAGCAAAUCAGCAGUUUUCCUUUCAAGACUUUGAGCUUCUGCUGGUUUUGUGAGCCCAGGAGGUGUUUUUCCUACAAAAUAAUAGUUUGCUACAGAUUUUGUGGUAACACUCUCAUGAUGAUAAUUUUAUAAUAUGUGGUCAAUGGUCUUAUUUUCUCUUUCUUCUUUCAAAUUGAUUACUUCUGAAUUGUGUUCCCCAUUUUUUUUAUGGGAUCAAUAUUCAAUAUCGUUUUCAUUUGACAUUUUGGCCCAAAACCAUCAUUUUGAUGAUCAACUCGUCCUCUAUGUUUCAACAUUCUUAUUGUUUACCAUUUAGUUUGUUUGCUCCUACAAAUUACAGAGAGUUGGUAUAUACAAAUCGUGGGUCAAUUUUGUUGCAAUGGAUUGUGUUUGUAUCGAGCUGUCUCU